AUGCAAAGACUUCAGAAACCUUUGUCUCACGUUCUUGCUGAUUCUACCGACAUUGAGUCCAUAUCUGGUACCGAAUGGUCUAAAAUAAAUUGCUCACUGAAGGUUAUGAAGCCGUUAUAUGACGCCAUACAAAUAUCAUGUGGAGUUAAAUAUCCGACUUUGUCAAUGGUAAAACCAUUGCUAUUUGGGACCACAAAUGGUCUGAAUAGUAUCGAAUUUGACUACGACGAUGCAUCAGAAAUGGGAAAAGAAUUUGUAGAUAAUAUCUUGAAUGGUCUAGAAGUCAAAUUUUGUAAAGUUGAUCGUGAUAUUAUUUUUAAGAAAAGCACUUAUCUGGAUCCCCGAUUCUUGAUGCUAGAUGAUGACCUUCAAGAACUUAAUGUUUUGAACAGAGAACCUAGUGGGAACCAGUAUACGGGAUUUCGGAGUUUCAUGAAAAAACCUACAGUUAACACCCGAGAAAAAAAUUUAGAGACUUUGCGUGUUGAAAUAUCACAGGAAAUGGUGGUGUAUUUAAACUGUCGUUUGAUAAAUCCUCAGCAAGAUCCACUUAUUUGGUGGCAACAAGAAAAAAAUAAAUAUCCCCAAUUAUCACUUAUGGCAAGAAAAUAUUUAGGAGUACCUUGUACUUCUGCUGAAAGCGAAAGAUUAUUUUCCACUGCUGGUGAUAUUUUAUCUGAUAAACGAACUUCAUUAUCACCAGAUUCGGUUUCAUAUUUAUUAUUUUUAAACAAAAAUUUGUAG